AUGUUCAGAAUUAUCAAUCUACAGGCUUCAAGAAGUUUGGCGAAGAUUUCAUUGAGUCGCCGUACUUUCAGUACAACAUUGAUGAAAUUAGAUGCAACGAUUUUCAAAAUGCCAGCCAUGUCUCCUACAAUGGAUGUGGGUGGUGUUGUUGCCUGGAAAGUCAAAGAGGGUGAUGAUUUCAGUGCUGGAGAUGAGCUUUUAGAUGUUGAGACAGAUAAAGCCACAAUGUCAGUUGAUGCUGGGGAUGACGGUAAGCUUGCAAAAAUCAUAGUUCCUGGGGGCACAAAUGAUGUUAAAGUCGGAGCUCCAAUUGCAUUUAUUUGUGACCAAUCUGAUGAUUUAGCAACUCUAAAGUAUCCCGCUCUUGAUGCCGCUUCUGCACCAGAGCCUGCUGCUGCUGAUACCUCCAAGCCUGCAGCUGCUGAACCUACACCAGCUCCAAAGGCAUCUUCGAAUAGUGUUACGGGUGGUAAGGCUAAUCCAGAUCAAGUCUUUUUCCCAUCUGUUGAAUUUAUGCUAGCCAGAGAAGGGAUUUCACGGGAAGAUGCUCUUAGUAAGAUCACCGCAACAGGUCCUAACGGCAAAAUUCUUAAGGGUGAUGUGCUCGCUUAUUUGGGUAAAAUACCAGCAGAGGAAAACACCAGAAUUGCUUCUUUCAUAGCAGAUAGUGAGAAAUUAGAUCUCUCUCACAUAGAAUUAGCUAGUAAAGAGGUCGAGGAACCAGCAAAGGACGAAGCCAAGGAGGCUGCUGGGGAGAAGGCUGCACCAGAGACGAAGAAGCCAGUCAAACAACCAACAUUGGUUAAGGGUGAAUUCAUCAUUUCAAAGGAGAUUCCCCCUAAGGUUCUUUCUAAGUUGAUUGCAAGUGCUGUGGCAAAGGCAGAAACUGCUGCAUACGCUACAAAGAACUAUGCCUCUUCAGAUCUCAUUGAUCCUCUAUUUGAGGAUUUGAUUGCUCCUCCAAGAAAUGCGGAAAGGUUCAAGGUUAACUACAGCAUCAGUGUGGUUCCAUCCAAACCAACGGCUACAGAUGAAAUCAUUGAUGAUUUCGAUUUUGAGCCAUACGAGCAAAAGCCAGUCAAGAAAUCAUCCACUCCGGCAACUGCCGUUAAUGUUGAAUUAACCUGCAACGACAAGGUUUAUGACUCCAAAAAGAAGGCUGAGGCAUUCAUUUCUAGAUUUGGUAGCUACAUUAGUCAGAUCGAGGGAAAGUUUGCUUAA